CACGCGUGUACUGAGUAAUUGAUGAGAAUAAAGUCACGCAUAAAUAAAGUGACGGAUACUACGUGGAAAGGAAAGAGGGACGGCUACCCGAAGUGUAUCCUACUACGUUACGUGUCAAGCAUGUGGUAUCGUGGUAAAGGAGCGGCUUUCGCGUAGCGCCUUGUCCGCGUAUCCGUCGUCUCGCAUAUGUACGGAGCAAAAUGUGUUGAGAGGAGCAGUUAAUUUCCACGAUAAAUUAAACGUCGACGAUAUUUCUGCUCGCGUCAGGAUUUCAUGGGGCUUUCGAUUGCGAAUAUGUUUUGAAGAGAAGAUGCCAUCUGAAACAGAUGCCAUGGGCAGUGUUUUCAAGGAAGAAGAGGACACUGAGAAAUCUAACGAGCAACCUGUCUCAUUAAUGACCUUAAAUUCUGAGAAUAAAGACUCGAUUGUAUCUGCGAAACAUAUAGAUACUCAUCUGGCCAAUGCUAAUGGUGACAGGGUAUCCACAUCAGAUGAUAGAACCAAGUUCUUGAACUCGACUGAUGAAGAUGCAGUAUCUACGACAAGUGAUAGCUUUGUAACGACAAAUAACUUGCUUGAAGCAGAGAAUUUAUAUUCCCAAUCUAAGACAACAGAUAGAUUUUCGGUACUGGUUAAACAAACUGAAGAAAAUGAUGAUAUAGGUACUACAUGCAACAACGUGGUACAAAAUUUGAGUAAAAAAUCAAUUUUUCUUGCUCAUAGAAAUUUAUCCAGAAAGAAAGGCUUGUUAGCAGAGAACAUUUCUGAAAUUCAUUGUGAUGCUUCAGAAUUGGCAGCCUGUUCUAACAAUAUUCCAGAUGGGAAAGCUUAUGGAUUUGAAAAGAGUUAUAAUAUUGACGUAGAAGAAUGCAGUAAUGAAUCAAAUACAGGGAAUCUGUGUAAUAAUAAUACAGAUGUUUCAUCGGAUACUAGGCACAAAUUGAUCCAAGAGACAAUACCCUUACACAUUUGCAAACAGUCUUUAAAAGAUGAUGAUUCUGAUACGAGUCAUUUAAGUCUUGUGAAUAUAUUAUUAAAAACGUCUAGCAAUGACGAUAAAGAUUGCAAGAUAGAUCAUGAAAGUAAUGAAAGUAAUUUACCGGUAGAUGGAUUAACGUCUCUGUCUUUAGAUAUAUCUAAAGAAUCGUUAAAUUCGCAAAGUGCAACUUCAGCUAAUUAUAGUGAUGCGACUAAUGAUACAAAAAUAUCUUUAAAUAUAUUAGACAAUAAUAAUAAAAAUUCGCUUGAAAAUGACGAAAAUGAAUUACCCAGUUCAUCUAAACAUGUAAUUUGUAAAGAAAUGUCAACAUCACAAGACGCGGGACGUGCUUCUUUAUGUCAUGAUUCUGUGAGUAUAAGUAAACCGUUUAAACUGCCAAUCUUAGAAAAAAUGCCUAAAACUGCCAGUGUUCAACAAUCUGAGAUUGAGGAGAAUGCAGUAGCACUUUUGGACUCGUCGUUUACCAGACAAAAUCAAUUGGAGAGAAUUCGUUGCCUAGAUUCGGAACCUCGUUCAUCGAACAGCAGCGAGGAAAGUAAUUCAGAUAUAGAGUUGCAACAUGCGAGUAUAAGUAACAAUGAUAUCAAAAAGAGACAGUGCAGACCCAACGGAGUUGUAACAAAGGAAGGAGCAGAAUAUUAUCAGCUGUGGCGUAGCACAGGUGGUCAUUUGUCUCCCGAAUCGUUAUACGAAACUCUCUAUCCAAUGCCACCACCACUUCCACCAAGAACAGCACAUCGACCAUUACAUAGAAGUAAUGCUUUACCAAGCGGCGCACCAGAGUUACCUAAACGACAUCAAAAGCAUCCAGCGCCAUUACAUCCUGAAGAUUGUUUUGGAUUCGAGAUUGUAGACGUUGAUGAAGCGUCAAACCUUAAGUUAAGGACAGCAGUUACAAAAAGUAUCGCUCUAUUAAGUUCACCGAGAUCACACAGACAACGAGAAAGGCCAGAAUUGACAAUAGCUAGUCAAAUGGAGUGUCCGCCCACACCCACACAUCGACCCAGACCUUUAUGUCCAUUACCUGUAUGCCAAACGUCAAACGUAUCUUUAUCCUCAGAAGAACCUCUACCUCCAUCAUGGGAAGCGAGAAUAGAUAGUCACGGCCGAGUAUUUUACAUAGAUCAUAUCAAUCGAACUACAACAUGGCAAAGGCCAAACUUGACGACACGUAAUACUGGUUCCGAUUUACGAAGACAACAAUUAGACAGGCGUUACCAAAGUGUACGACGAACUAUUUCGCGUUCUGAUAACAUAGAUCGCGAAGCUAACGGUUCAAACGGCAAUCUUUUUGAUAAUAGCGAGCGGCAGAAUGAUCGUACUGAUAGAGGCGAAUCUGAACUAUUCGAUAUCAGCACAAUACCACCGGUAUUAUUUCUAACACGGCCUGACUUUUUUACCGUACUGCACACCAACGCCGACGCCAUGGAGGUGUACAACCGUAAUCCAAGUUUAAAACACAUGAUCAAUAGAGUUAGAAGAGAUCCUGUAGUUUUUCCAAGAUAUGAACAUAAUAGAGAUUUAGUUGCCUUAAUUAAUGUUUUUGCUGAUUCGAACAAAGAACUCCCAAGAGGGUAUGAAUCUAAGCUCGAUAGAACAGGCAAAAGAUUUUUUAUAUGUCACGCUAGAAAGGCUACGUCUUUUAUCGAUCCACGAUUACCUACAGAAGCUGCUCAUAUACGGACGUUGCUAGAUGAAGCUCCUCUUCCGCCGCCCAGACCGCAACAAUCGUCUGUAACUGCUACUCCUGAAAUACCUGUAGCCUACAACGACAAAGUAGUUGCUUUUCUACGUCAGCCUAAUAUAAUGGAUAUCCUAAAAGAAAGACAUUCUGCACUAGGACAAAAUAUCGCGCUUCGAGAGAAAGUUAAUACCAUAAGAGUCGAAGGAACUGUAGCGUUACAAAGAUGGAGUCAUGAUGUUCCUUUAGCAUUAUUACUAAGUCUAUUUGAGCAAGAAAUAAUGUCCUAUGUACCUGGUAGUAUUGGUAGAUCUCCGCUUGGUAGCCCGCAUGCAUCACCUGGAUUGACAAGGGCUUCUGCCAGAGCUCCCGCACUGUACAGAAGAGAUUUCGAAGCUAAACUUCGAACUUUUUAUCGAAAGCUAGAAAGCAAAGGUUAUGGACAAGGGCCAAGUAAAUUAAAAUUACACAUCAGGAGAGAACAUUUACUCGAAGAUGCCUUUACGCGUAUAAUGGCUGCGUCAAAGAAAGAUCUGCAGAAAGGUAAACUAGUGGUCAUCUUUGAUCAUGAAGAAGGAUUGGAUUAUGGUGGACCGUCCCGAGAAUUUUUCUUUCAUUUAUCACGCGAACUAUUCAAUCCUUAUUACGGAUUGUUCGAAUAUUCAGCUAAUGACACUUACACGGUACAAAUCUCGCCAAUGUCGGCUUUCGUGGAUAACUAUCACGAUUGGUUCAGAUUUUCGGGCAGAGUUCUGGGCUUAGCAUUGGUUCACCAAUAUCUACUCGAUGCGUUUUUCACGAGACCAUUUUACAAGGCGCUUUUAAGGAUACCGGCGAGUUUGAGUGAUCUGGAGAGUUUAGAUCAGGAGUUUCAUCAGAGUUUAAUGUGGAUCAAAGAAAAGGACAUAAGUAUCGAACCAUUAGAAUUAACCUUUUCAGUAACAGAGGAACUCUUGGGACGAGUCGCUGAACGCGAGUUGAAGCCAGGUGGGAGAAAUAUUGCGGUUACUGAAAAGAAUAAAAAGGAAUAUCUCGAGAGGGUAGUACGUUGGCGUCUUGAGCGUGGCGUCGCAGAACAAACGGAAUCGUUGGUUCGCGGCUUUUAUGAAGUGGUGGAUCCGCGUUUAGUGUCGGUUUUCGAUGCCCGCGAGUUAGAGCUGGUUAUUGCGGGUGCAGCUGAAAUUGACCUAAACGAUUGGCGAACACACACCGAAUACAGGAGCGGUUAUCACGAUGCGCAUCCGGUAGUAGAGUGGUUCUGGAGCAGCAUAAGUCGAUUUACUAACGAACAACGUCUAAGAUUACUGCAAUUCGUUACCGGCACCUCAAGUAUUCCAUACGAGGGAUUUGCGGCUUUGCGUGGAUCGACAGGACCAAGGAAAUUCUGCAUAGAAAAAUGGGGGAGACCAAAUAGUUUGCCAAGAGCUCACACGUGUUUUAAUCGCUUGGAUCUUCCGCCUUAUCCUACGCCCGAGAUUUUAUACGAAAAGCUGCUGUUGGCUGUAGAAGAGACAAAUACAUUUGGUAUAGAAUAAAGCGAUGAAUUGAAUUUGUAAUUAUAAAGAAUUUGUACAAUUGAUAGGAUUAUAACUAUCCAGAUUGCAUUUUCUGCUAAAAAGAAUAGGACAAGAAUUUGUAUAGGCCUAUAAUAGAGUUUAUAAAUUAUGUGGAUUAUUACUAAUUCAAUUUAUUAAAAUCGAAUAUGCGAUAUAAAUAACUAAACAAUCUGCAGCUUCACAAUCUCUCAGAAUUUUGGUCAAACGGUGUAUUUAAUUUAUUAUGUGAAAUAACAUAAUUGAAUUCUCUCUUCAAACUUUCACGAAUCUAUGUCGUUCGGUGACUAUAAAAGUUCACGCUUGUUGAUGCAAUCGUUACGUACAUACUAGGAUCUCGUAAAUCUCAAAAUGGUUCUUUUUCAGCUUUUCUCAAGUUAGCGGAGCUAAUCUUUUAUGUUUCCAAAUUGCCUUUGCUCCUUGUAUUUUC